AUGGCGCAGUUCGGAGUUGGUGUGGACUCCCGUUCAUAUGCCGUGACCUUGUCCACCUUGUUCGAUCGAGUGCUGCCAACUUUGAACGAGACCGCUCGCUUGGAAUUAUGGCUGGCGCGUUUCGUGGAGAGUCUUCUGGACGAUCUACGGGAAAAGAAGCGAAUUGUCAUUGCGGGACUUGCCAUAGAUGUAUUCACGCUGGCUGAAGUCGAGAAGCAGUUAAACGAUCAUGAUGUUGCGGCUUUUUAG